AUGAAUCUUUGUGACAAGAGCUCUAUUCUGCAGUUUAUUUUGAACCACACCAUGCACCCCACCAUGCACCCCACCAUGCACCCCACCAUGCACCCCACCAUGCACCCCAUCAUGCACCCCACCAUGCACCCCACCAUGCACCCCACCAUGCACCCCACCAUGCACCCCACCAUGCACCCCACCAUGAACCCAUACCCUGAGCGGGAGCGAGAAGGUGCUAAAUUCUCAGUGGCUGCCCGGCCACUGAGAAGGGGCCCUCGAAAUCGCUGCCCUGAAGAUCCUGCUGAGCUGGCCGCUCGACGGCAGAGCAGGCAGGAUGCAGCAGAGGGUGACACGUGGCAGGAUAUGGAAGAUGGUUCUUUGGGAUUGCUGGAAGGGGAGGAGGAGGAAGGGGAGUCAUGA